AUGUGGAAUAACCCAAAGUUUUUACAGCGACUGGAGGAGAGCGGGCCAAAUUCGAAUAGCAACAACGACACCAAAGAGGAAGUGGCGUAUGUGGAGACACCAGAGGACAAGGAAAAUUUUGACCUGGUCUUCAAAGACGUGUUCCUAGAGUGUUCGCUCAAGCAUGGGAUAGUUGAAGAUAUGGUUGUUUGCGAAAACACCAAUCCCCAUCUCAGUGGAAACGUGUAUAUCAAAUUUAGAGAUCUGGACUCUGCGAUAGCGGCACAGGCAGACUUUCAGGAUAGGUAUUUCGAUUCAAGGCCAGUUUUCGCCGAGUUUUGUGGAGUCAGGUCGUUUGAGGAUGCCAUUUGCAAGAUGUUCAGAUCCAACGAGUGCGAUCGCGGUGGACUGUGUAACUUCAUGCACGUGAAACAGCCGUCACAGGGAUUACUGCAAGAGCUCUUGAAGAGUCAGGCAAAGUGGAGUGCUGAAAGGGGUGCCCAAAGGCAGCGUGUAUGA